UUGUUUAUCGAAAAAUAUUCCAUUAAAUUAUUUUAUUUACAUCCUUGAAUUUUUGUACAAAUACGGCUCUUAAACUAAUCAGGACGCAGAUAUGUUUAAUUUAAUCGCAAGUGUGUGCGGGUAUGAGUCUGUAAUUCCACUCUAAAAACAGCAGAAAAAGUUAAUUUUUCAUAUAAAAAUCGAAUUUACAUUAUUUCGUAUAAUGUUCAAAACUUAAGUAAAUAUUAAAAAUCAAUAAAAAAAUCAUCGCCUUGAAUUCAUUGACACUAAAAGUAAACAGUGAAGAUAUUUAAAAAGAGUAAAUGAAAUAAUUUCCGGAACAUACGCCGAAUAGUUCUUUAUUCAUAAACAUCGACUAUUUUCUUUCUCCUGUUUUGAGAGAAUAAAAAAUUAAAAAAUGAAACUUACAAUUAUUCUUUGUAUCUCUGUAUUUUUGUUUUGUGGAGGUAAAGCUUUACCGACUGUUUUCAAUUCUGACAAAGCGAAUGAUGAGGAAACUGACUAUUUGGAUGACUUUCUUAAUGCUUUUGAUGAUGAAGAUGAUGAUGAUGAUGAUGAUGACGAUUAUGAAACCUUUUUUGAUUCAUUCGUAAAAUUCUUCCUGUGUCCAGAUUCGAAGAAUAAAACUUCAACUACGGUAAAACCUGAAAUAACGACACGUCCUGUUGUUCUACCUGAUGCACCAGAAUCACAAACAACUGAACAACCAAAAAAACCUGUGGUACCAAAAGUUGAACCCAAUGAACCAGAAUUACAAACUAAUCAACCAGAAGUGACAGAAUUACCACCUACCAAACCAGAAUUACAAACUAAAGAACCACCAAAAAAUCAGGAAGUAUCAAAAUUACAACCUAAUGAACCAAAAAAGAAACCAGCAGCAAAACCUUUUGUACCAGAAGAAACCCCUGACUACCCAGAACCAAAACCUACAGAAUCAACGGAAAAUAACCAAAAUGGAAACUAAAACUAAAGAGGUAAUUUUUCCCAAAAUCAAUUUAAAUUAUCAAUUCAAAGAAAUUGAAAAGAAAUGUAAAAAUUAAAAUGCAAAUUUUUUUCACACCAAAAGAAAUCUAAUUUACAUUAGAAUUAAAACGUAAAAAAUUAUUAUUAGUGACUCGUUUUAUUAUAUAUUAGCAUAUCGAUAAAUUUUGUAUGUAAAA